CUUAGCAACGGUUGUCACUGUCAACAAACAAUUCGCUUUCUCGCUCGGCGAAAGCGUCGCGCACUUUAGAAAUGAGACUUUCGCCCGAAAUCGACGCUGAAAUCAAGCGUCUUAAGUCCGAAAUCGAAAACGAGGAGAAGAUGAAGCACAUGCUCGAACAGAGCAUCAACGAUCUCUGCAAGACUGUAGAGGCUCUCGAAGUUCAGUCGCAGAGCGCUGACGUCAGUGACGAGGAUGAAUGGAAGGUGCGGUAUUAUACUCAAGUUGAAGUGAACGAGCAAUUGGAGCACCAGCGCGAUUGGCUGAGAAGCAGGGCAGAGGCUGCUCGUGUGAACAACAAGGAAGGCCUGACCGAGUAUCUCGCUGAUCUUGACUUGGACAGCCUGACAGAGAAUCAGCUGGUACGAUACCUGAAACAGCUAGAGAAAGAUAGAAACUCUGUGUACAACGAGAUACGUGACACUGAGUGGAAGUUGGAUCAAGAAUCAAAGGCAUUUCACAAGUUCAACGACACCAGAAAGGCCUACAUGACUGAAAUUACCGACGCUAUGCUAAACUUGGAGUCACUCCGAAACCGCAUAAAGAUCGUCGACAUGACCGACCCUAAUCUGCUCCUGGGUAAAUGUCCAAGGCACCUCAAGUAUCUACGUACUUCUCGCAGCAACAUCCAGCCGGACCAACGAAUCAUUGACCCCCGAAAGGGACCCAUCCGCAAAACUGCAGCUGUUCGCAGCCUGCCCAAGCUGGCCUCCCCAGACUCAUCUCCUCAGGAUGACAACGCAGAGCAGGCAGCAUCCAGCAGCCCACAGGAAUAGAGCCUCCUACUACGGAUGCUGCUCUCUGAAUCUUGUUGUUAAAGAGACGCUAAAGGGGAACAACAAAUCAGUUUAGAUUGAUAUUUUGUACUCUGAGAACUCUAAAGUUGUUAAUUUCACCGUCAUAGGUUUAUUAAUAGAGGAGAAAAUCAAGGUCAAAGCUUUAUUGUUAAAUUUUGCGCCAAAAUCUCCGCAUGACGUCCUGGAUUUCAAAGUCUAUUUUUCAUAUUUUGGCGACAUUUGCUCAAUUAAACUUUCUGAAACUUGGUAUGUUAAGUCUAUGGCCUCCUCAGAGGUCAAUGUACUUCAUUUUUAAUGGUUUAGAACUACCUAGGACAUAGCAAAUGCCACCAAAAUUUAUGACGUCACAGCGUUUGGUGCAGGAAUUUCAAGGUCGCAUUGCCACCGCGCUUCAUUUUUGCGCGUUUUCUCCACUUACCAAGCAUCUCCCCACAACAAAUGUGGUAAUUUUGGAAUUGUACAAGAGCAAUUUACUCAUAUAAGAAAAGUCUUUUUUCUCUUUAGUGCCCCUUUAAGUCUGUACUAUGAUAGAAGUUGCAUCUGACAUAACAAAAAUCUAUGUUAUAUCUAAGCCUGUAGCCGGGGGGUGGGGGGCUUGCCCGGCAAUAUGUGGUGCGUGAGCUUGCCACGGCAAUAUGUGUUGUGUGAGCAAUGCUAAAUUACAAACAUUCCCUUUGGAUGCUUGUUAAAAUACAAUCAUGCCAUCUGUGCGAUUACACAAGAUCAGCAUGUUGGUUUGAAAGUAGCAGGCCAACGAAGCUGAGCAGCUGGCCAAGAUACGAGCAACAUUCAGAAUGCAACACCUGGUAUUAUUCAGAAUUACUCUUGCACAACAUUAGACAAUUUUCCUGCCACAAUAUAUGUCUUGAUAAUCGAGUGAACAAAUACUAUACUUGCUUUAUUAUAACAGAUAUUGCAUGUUGAAUUUUCAGUUUCGGUAUAGUGGUUUGAUGCUCGUUCAAAUAAAGCACGACUGGUGAAGUUUUAGAUACGCUUUGUUAAAUAUAGUUUGUUAUAUGCGGUUAUCUAUAUUAAUAUUCAACUCUGUUGCUGUUUCCAUGAAAAGAUACAAUAAAAAAAUAAU